AUGAGCGUCAACUUCCCCAAGGCCGAGGAGGAAAUCCUACGGCAUUGGCGAGAGAUCGACGCGUUCCAAACUCAGCUUCGGCUCAGCCAAGACAGGCCACGCUUCACGUUUUACGACGGCCCUCCUUUUGGACUGCCGCAUUAUGGCCAUCUUCUCACAUCGACGAUCAAGGACAUCAUCCCACGUUAUUGGUCUAUGAAGGGCUAUCACGCCAGUCGCCGUUUUGGCUGGGACACCCACGGGCUCCCCAUUGAAUACGAAAUCGACAAAAGACAUGGUAUUUCGGCGCGUGACGCUGUCAAGCAGAUGGGCAUCGAAAGGUACAAUGCUGAAUGCAGGUCCAUCGUCAUGACGUACUCGUCUGAAUGGAGACAUAUCAUCGAACGUCUGGGCAGAUGGAUUGACUUCGAUAACGAUUAUAAGUCGAUGGACCUCAAGUUCAUGGAGUCUUGCUGGUGGGUGUUCAAGCAACUCUUCGACAAAGGGGCCGUCUAUCGCGCCUACCAGAUCAUGCCGUACUCGACUGCCCUCUGCACGCCCCUCAGCCAGAUGGAGGCAAAACAAAACGACAAGAUGACCCAAGACCCGGCUGUCCUGGUAUCAUUCCCCCUGCUUGGUACUCUGCCUUCGAAUCUCCUCAUUGCCGUGAACCCCAACUUGGAGUACAUGGAGGUCCUUGACGAGAAGACCAACCAGCGGUACAUCAUGUUGGAGAGCGGUUUGUCCAUGCUCUACAAGGACUUGAAGAAAGCAAAGUACAAUGUCCUCGACAAGAUUCCCGGAAAGUCCAUGGUUGGGUGGAAGUACAAGCCUCUGUUCAACUACUUUACCGAUGCUUUCUCGGACUGCUUCCAAGUCAUCGCCGCAGAUUACGUCGAGGCCAGUGAAACCGGCCUUGUUCACCAGGCCCCGGCUUUUGGUCAGGAAGACUAUGAUGCCGCCGUUGCCGCUGGCUUCAUUACACCUCAGCGGCUGCCGCCUUGUCCGGUUGACGAGGCCGGUCGCUUCACCUCCGAGGUGCCAGAUUAUGCCGGGCAGUAUGUUAAGAUUGCCGACAAGGCCAUCUUGAAGGACCUGAGGUCCACCGGCCGUCUGCUAGUCGAAAGCCAGGUUGCUCAUGUCGAUAAGUUCUGCUGGAGGUCGGACACGCAGCUUAUUCGGCGUGCCGUCUCUUCGUGGUUCAUCCGGGUCACUGAUUCCAUACCGGACAUGCUCAAGAACCUCGAGGCCACGAACUGGGUUCCGCAGUUUGUCAAGGACAAGCGUUUUGCCAACUGGGUCGCGAACGCCCAUGAUUGGAAUGUUUCGAGAAAUCGAUACUGGGGAACGCCCAUUCCCCUAUGGGUGAGCGACGAUUAUGAAGAGAUUGUUUGCGUGGGCAGUAUGGAGGAAUUGAAGCGGUUGAGCGGCUUUGACGGCCCGCUUGAUGACAUCCACCGGGAUAAGGUUGACGGAAUAACGAUUCCGUCGAAAAAAGGGAAGGGCGUUCUACGCCGAGUCGAGGAGAUCUUCGACUGCUGGUUCGAAUCCGGUAGUAUGCCCUACGCUUCGAAUCAUUUUCCGUUUGAAAACUCUGAACAUUUCCGCGAGGGGCUCUUCCCAGCCGACUUCAUUGCUGAAGGUCUUGACCAGACACGCGGCUGGUUCUACACCCUUACAGUUCUCGGUAAUAAGCUCUUCAAUAUAUCGCCAUUCAAGAACGUCAUCGUCAACGGCAUUGUGCUUGCUGAGGAUGGCAAGAAGAUGUCAAAGAGCCUCAAGAACUACCCCGAUCCAAGCGCCAUUCUGGACAAGUAUGGCUCAGACGCAUUGCGCCUUUAUCUUGUUAACAGCCCCGUCGUGAGGGCAGAGUCAAUGCGCUUCAAGGAGUCAGGGGUCAAGGAAAUCGUGGCCAGGGUCCUGUUGCCUCUCUGGAACAGCUACCGAUUCUUCCACGAGCAAAGUCUCUUGUACAAGAUGACCACAGGCCAAGAUUUCGCUCUUCAGCCCUCAUUUGGCGAUAAUGCCCUGGCAAAUGUCAUGGACCGUUGGAUUCUAGCCGACUGCCAGAGCCUGCUACGCUUCAUGGAAGAAGAGAUGCGAGGUUACCGGCUCUACACUGUUGUGCCACGGUUAUUGCAAGUCCUCGACAACCUGACCAACUGGUACAUUCGCUUCAACCGCAAGCGCCUCAAGGGCGUCACCGGCCUGGGCCUAGACGAUACCACAGCAGCGCUGAACACGCUGCUACAGGUGCUCUUCACCAUGGUCCGCGCACUGGCGCCCUUCAUUCCCUUUCUCACGGAACAUACCUACCAGCUUCUCCGACCGCAACUCGCCUCGGUCACUGCCGAAUUCGCAGACGCACGAAGCGUGCAUUUCCUCCCCUUCCCCACCGUCCAGGAGGCGCUCUUCGACGGGGUUAUCGAGCGCCAGGUGUCGGUUAUGCAGAAGGUCAUCCAGCUCGGCAGGGUGGCGCGAGAGCGCUCUAACUUGUCGCUCAAGACCCCGCUAUUGUCGCUCGUUGUUGUUGCCCACAAACAGGCUCUGGCGGACAUUGAGUCUCUCAAGUUAUAUGUCCAGGAGGAACUCAACGUUCGCAACAUCAUUCUGACCGACGACGAGGAGCAGUAUAAUAUUCUUCUCGAAGCCCGCGUAGACUGGCCGUCCCUAGGCAAGAAACUGAAAAAGGACGUCCAGGUCGUACGCAAGGCUCUCCCGACUCUCACCCAGGCGCAGCUCAGGGAGUACCAACGGACAAAGACGAUUAACCUAGACGGCAUCGCGCUAGGCGAGGGCGAUUUGACUCUCGUGCGGGUGGUUGGAAAGAGGCAAGGGUAUGGAGAAGCAGACGGCGGCAAGGGCGGCGGCCCGCAAUGGGAGCCGGCGUUUGCGGAUGAUAUGAUCGUCUUGCUGGAUGCUGCGCCACAUCCAGAGCUGGUGGAAGAGGGUCUGGUGCGCGAGCUCAUCAACCGAUUCCAGCGCCUGCGCAAGAAGGCUGGUCUGGUGCCAACCGACGAGGUCUACAUGCGGCAACGGGUGAUUUCUGAUCCUGAGGGCGUGGGGUUUGGUGAGUUGGUGGUAGCGCGGCAGGAUAUGUUUGUCGCUGCGCUGCGGGGAACGGUUGAGGAGGCGGGAGAGGGGAUGGAACAGGCGGAUAUCAUUUUAGAGGAAGAACAGGCGGUUGGGAAUGCGGUUGUCAUGCUGCAGCUUGCGAGAGUUUGA